AUGGUUGUAAAUGAUGAAGAAGAAGAAGAAAGAGAAAGAGAAGAAGAAGAGGUGGUAGUGGAAGAAGGCAUGAUAGAGAUGUAUAGACUUAACUUCUUCAAUAUAAAACUUUUUCAGCCCAGGAGGAAGAAGACUGAUAUUCCAAAAGGUUUACAUGGACUAAUGGGUGAAGCUAAUUUACAGUUUGCUCGUGGAGAGCAUGAUGAAGCUAUUAAGAUGUGUAUGGAAGUAAUAAGACUUGCACCAAAUGCCUAUUUACCAUUUCAAACAUUGGGUAUGUUAUAUGAAGAAUUAGGUAAUUCAGCAAAGGCUCUUCAGUUUUAUUUGAUUGCUGCCCAUCUGAGUCCUGAUGAUUCUGAAGAAUGGGUGAGAUUGGCUGAAAUGUCUCUAGAACAAAAUGAUAUCAAACAAGCUAUAGCAUGUUAUGGAAAAGCUAUAAGAUAUGAUGCUAACAAUAUGGAAUAUAUCUGGCAGAAGUGUAGUCUACAUGAACAGUUAGGAGAAACUAAAAGAGUAUUAGAAGGUUAUCAGAAUAUUUUACGCUUAUUACCUAAAACAGAUGGUGAAAAAUAUCUACAUUUAGCCAAGGAUAUGACCAAGACAUAUCAUGAGAUGGGUGAAGAUAAGAUAGCUAUAGAUGUCAUGGCUAAAGCUUUUGAAAAUCAUGCUGCUUUACUUUCUCCAGAAGAUACUAAUUUACUAUUAGAGUUGUAUAUUAGUCAACAACAGUAUUUUGAUUGCAUACAGUUAAUGGUUCGACAUUGUGGUGUUGAAUUGGAACUGGGUGAUCAUACUUGUUGGAAUGAUACAGUUUCAGUUACCUUGGAAACUUUGCAAUCUCAACCACCAUUAAGUUGUCAUGUACCUGAUACACUACCAGUUGAUUUGGUAUCUAAAUUACUUGUAUCUUUGAUAAGAUUGAAAUGUUUAGAGGUAGUCAAAAUGAUAGAGUAUAUUUUACUAGAAGAAGAAGUCAAUGAUGUGGGAGAUCUAUUUUUAGAUGUAGCGGAAUCUUAUAUGGAGGUUGGGUGUCAUGAAUCAGCUAUACCUAUUCUUGAAACUCUGGUAAAGUCUACAAACUUUGACAAGGCUGCUGUAUGGUUACGGUAUGCUGAAUGUCUAAGUUCUAUAGGUGAUUUACAAGGUGCAGUUGAAGCUUACACUAAAGUUGUAGAUCUAGCUCCUGCUCAUUUUGGAGCUAGGGUGUCUUUAUCAGCUUUACAACAACAACUUGGUAAACAUGAUGAAGCUGUAGAGAUAUUGUCAAGAGGUAUGAUUGUUUUUACAGAAUGUGAACAAGAAGAAAGAGAACUAAGUCAAGAAGAUCAAGUUCUAUUAUUACAUAAAUCACAUUUAUUAUAUUCACAAAACAGAUUUGAAGAAUUCUAUAUUUGUAGCAAAAAACUUCUUUUUCAACAUUUCCGAGAAAUUUAUAGUCCUGCUUUUAUGAAAUGUAAUGAACAGUAUUUCGUGUUUUCAGUAAGUAGUACAUCUAAACAGACAACUAGUGAAAAAGCUUGUGAAGUAACAUCAGAUGAUAUGUGGGCUAUAUACCUAAAGCUAUGUAAUGCUCUAUUAGAAAGUAAUAGAUUAGAAGAACUAUUAGAAAUUACAACAUUGGGGUUAACUUGUCCUCAAUUUAUGAGAGAUGAAGAGAAGAUAAAGGAAACAGAGUUUAUGUGUUUGAUAGCUUGUAUAUUAAAUAAAAAUGGUCAAUUUGCUUAUGGUUUUGUCAAGGAUAUUUGUUUAAAGUUUAAAGAUUGUAACCAAGCAUGGAAUUUAUUUCAACAAGUCAUAUCAUUUGCUAAUGAUGCAAGACAUAAUAAAUUUGCUUUCCGACUUCUAAUGAAGAAUCCUGAAAGUAUUCCACUAGGUUUAACUAAUGGUCAUAAUUGUUUAUUGAGUGGUUCCUAUAAAAAUGCUUUAGGUGAAUAUGUUAAUGUAUUAAGACAGACACCUAAUGAUCCUAUGGUUAAUUUAUGUGUUGGUUUAUGUUAUAUACAUAUAGCUUGUCAGAAAUUCUCAGCUAAAAAACAUACGUUAUUUGUACAGGGUAUUUCUAUGUUAAAUAAAUAUGUAGAAUUGAGAGGAGAGUGUCAAGAAACCUAUUAUAAUAUGGGAAGAGCCUUACAUCAGUUAGAUUUAAAGUAUGCUGCAGUAUUCUAUUAUAAAAAAGCUUUAACUUUCCCUCCUAUAAUAGACCAUCCCAAUGGAAUAUAUGAUUUAAGAAAGGAAAUAGCAUUUAAUCUAUCAUUAAUUUAUGAAGGUAGUGGUGCUAUAGAACAUGCUAGAAUAAUGUUACAUCAGUACUGUGUUUUAUGA